AAAGAGGCGGAAUGGAAUUAGUCACUCUGUCCAAUAUUUCCUGUAGGGGAGCGAUGUUCUCAGACAACUUAAUUACAAACCACAUAUCUGUGCCGUUGUUUUAGGGAAACUUUAGACUGCAAAGUUAAUUCCAAUGACGCUGAUGACUAUUUGGUGGAAACAAGAUUUCGUUCAACUCCCGUACUCCAACUGUCAACCACAUGUACGUUAAGGAUUGUCCAUUAUAGAUAGAGAGCACGAGAGAGCGAACGUGAGUUUAGUCAAUAUAAGCACGAUCUACAGAGAAAUGUGCAAAUCUAAUUAGUUUCCUAGGUCGGGCAUGUGUCAGGCGAGGUCUAAAUAGCUCGUCACAGAUUCGCUCCAUUCUGCAGUGUAGUGUAGCGUGAUUCAGUGGCUGUGAGCCACCGUAACACAUAACUGCCUAUUGUACACAGGAAUUAUGGAAUUACGGAGUUUGUACCUGCUGUCAUUAACACUUCUGUUUACAUACGGUUAUGUUCCUAUAUCAGCGAUCGAAGAAGAGUGUCCACGACGGAUUGACAAAAACAGUGGACGCACGUGUAAGAAGAAAUGCCAAAACGGGACGUGUGUGAGUCCCCGAAAGGAAUGCGUCUGCGAUGGAGCAUGUGGAAAAAGUUGUAUCCUUAAAAAUAUGAAAUGUACGACUCUCCCGAAACGGAUCACACACGGAUCUGUGCAGGUGGUGCCCUACAAUAAGUUCAGCGCUGUGGCUCGCUACUCCUGUGACGAUGGUUACGAGAUUAGGGGCGUGGCCAGGCGCGUGUGUCAAGGAGACGGGAAGUGGAGUAACGAGGAACCGGAAUGUAUUGUCAGUGCUGAGGCCACAGUGAGCACCGAAUGUGGACCUCCACCGGUGGUUCACAAUGCUAAGCACGAUAGAGAACCAUGGCGGAUGUCGUAUGAACAAGGAGUCAUGCUGCAGUACGAGUGUGAUCCGGGCUUCACAUCAAACAGGGGCAGCAUUUUCCGUGCCUGGUGUGUGCGGAGUGGAUGGGUGGGACCCAACAUGACAUGUAGUCAUGCCGGAUGUCCUUUAAACAACACUUCAAUCGAGAACGGCGGGAUUAUUCCUCCUACCCAGAUUACAACAGGAGCCAAACUGCAAUAUUUCUGUAAACAUGGUUAUUUCUUGGCUGGGCGCGAGGAGCGCGAAUGUCUCGCGGAUGGCACGUGGGGAGGACGGGAGCCAAGCUGCGAGAAAGUGACAUGUGGAUCACCGCCGAUUAUCACGAACGCCAUCAUUAUGGAUAUCGAGACUGGUGGGACGUUUUCAUCCGGGCAACAGCUGACGUAUGCGUGUGAUCGAGGUUACGACAUGGAGGGAGAUCCGAGAGCCAUGUGUAACACGGACGGCGAUUGGACCUGGCUAGGAAUAAGACUAAUAUGUAGACCGAUCAAUUGUGGCUUUCCCGGGAACCUCGUGAACGGUUGGCAGUCGGGGCAUCGCUUCUUCUUCGGAGAAUCAGUCAAUUACCAUUGUAACGAGGGUUACGAACUUAUCGGACAGAGAACUCGGACCUGUGAGGAAAACAAGAAAUGGUCGGGAUUUCUACCAAAAUGUAUAGCCGUUGAGUGCACAGAACUGAGAGCACCUCUCGAAGGGACGAUGGUGGGCUCUGGGAAUGCAUUUGGAACUGUUUUGCGGUUUGAAUGUAACAAGGGAUUCCAACUGUCAGGUUCUGUGGAGAGGCGUUGUCAAGCAGAUCGAACGUGGAGCGGCGAUUCCGUUCUCUGUCAAGAGGUUAGUUGUCGCCUGCCGGUGCCGUUCUAUAAUGGUUAUGUCCUGGGUAAAGCAACAACAGUCGGGUCCGAGCUUUUCUUCAGUUGCGCAGUUCGUACCAAUUUUGAUGGAAUCUCGCUGUCUACGAGGUGUUUAGAGAACGGCGAGUGGUCAUCUCCUCCACCUACGUGCUGGGGUCAAUGUCAGAUUCCAAAUAUACUGAACGCCUCUUUGGAGAAGUAUCGAGAGGGCGAAUGGGUGCGGAGUGGCUUCGAGCUGAAUUAUCAAUGUACGAACGGCCUCGUCCCGGAUGUAACCAAUCGUGUGCAAUGUUACAACGGCACAUGGACUUCAAUGCCAGGUUGUGUACCAGCCUCGUGUCCUCGUCCCCCGCCUCACGUUGACAAUGGUUUGAGAGUGUUCGACGGUCUACGGCACAACAGUCGAGCUAAAUACAUCUGCCGGAAUGGCUACCGUCUUCGGGGCAUGCCUGCCGACAACUCUUUUCUUACCUGUAAAUUCGGCUUAUGGACAGGAGGAAAACCAGUCUGUAAGGAGUUUUAUUGUCCAAACCCUGGAACGAUUGCACAUGGAAAAAUUUACAAGAAUGGUCUUCGUGCAAUAUUUGAUUUCCGACAUUACAUGAAAACAAUACGACAUGGAGAUCGGAUACUAUUUAGAUGUAAGGAUGGUUUCGUAUUGGAAGGACCAAGUGGCGCAACGUGUGUCAAUGGACAAUGGCGACCUCCUAUCAGUGACCCGGAUCACAAAUGCAGACCCGCCACGCAUGCGCCGUUUCCAAAAAUGUGGGUACCAUUAGAGGAAAUGCCUGAAAGAUAGAACCUGGAUUUUAUGGUUAUAUUUUGUGAAGCGUAUGAUUUUCUUAUGCAUUUACAUUUUUCGAGUUCAUGCGAUUGCUUUUCUGAAGAACAGGGAAGCGCAAUGAAUAUCCGAAAUUAGUUUAAUUUGAUAGUCUUAUAAAACGUAGUUGUGUUUCAAAUUGUGUUGUGUAUAUAAUUUUAGUCAGGAUUUAUCUACAUAUUUGCAUCCACAUCUUUGCUUUUGAAAUAUGAUAAUAUAGUUAAAUUCUCAAUGAAAGAAGCAUAUUCAUUGAUUAUUUUCUUUUCAUGUUAUCACCACAUAACAUGAAAUAUCAAAGUAGUUUUGUAAGUCAUGUUUGAUUGGCCAAUGCGGCUCUGUAAUAGAAUUAUGAAAGACAAUAAUCCAUUAUAAGUACAGAAGAUAUUGUAAUCUGUGAUCAUGUAAAGUACAAUGCAAAAUAUUUUCAAGCAAAUUGUUUGACAGAUUUGAAGUGUACUUAAUGAAAUUGUGCCACGUGGCAAUUUUCCAUAUCAGUAUAUAUCAUGUGCUCUAUUUUCAUAUUUCCAUUGCUACGUCAUGCGUUCCACAGUAAUGUUGUUUUGCUUGCACAUCAAAAAACUAGCCCUAAGACAACACCAAACAUGCGUGCUCAUAUCCCUAUCAUAGCACAAACGCUUGUCAUUACAUAAAAAGAUAUCAAAAAUGUAUAUAUGAUCAUUGCUUAAAACUUUUUCUUUUUUUCUCAUUUUCAUAAACCAUGUUGGGUUUCAUUUUUUAUAUUUUUUUCAACACUUUUGAGUCUAGAGACGAGAAUCUCAAAUCAAUGGAAAAUGAUACGUUGUAAAACAAGAAGCUUGCCAGUGUUUACGUGCUUAAUAUGCUUAGGAUCACCCGUAUGAGGUAGAUAAAUAAUGUCUCUUACCCUGUUGACAUUCGUAUGCAUGCAAUGUUGUCAUCCGAGGGUUUAAACGGAUGACAUCAACUUUCCAUAAAAUACGUAACGUCAACAACAUUAAGAAUUAAGAUGACUAGCAGGGUGUGAGAAAAAAGUAUAUUCAUUCACUUCUUUGUGGAUGGGACAAGGGGAUUUCAACCCUCGGGCAAAGCUGAUCGUGCUAGAAUAUUCUUUGUUUAUUUUUUUCAAUUCAUUUCAAAAUACAAAAUUGUAUUGGUGAUGAAAUUGUAUUCGAUUAAAAACAAUAGAGAACGUCAGACCUUCAGUUUUUAUGUCGUUAUGGUAGGACAUUGAGCAAUAAAAAUUCAAUAAUGUCGUAGAUUAAUCCCGGUCGUUAAUGUGCAACAUAUAGGAUUUCUAAAGAGGUGACAAUGAUUUGCGCGUGAUAAAAGCUACUUGCGCCGACAUCUUUUUUGUCUUCACUAAGAUUGAUCAAUACACGAAAGUUAAAGAUACAAAUGCUUAACUGUAAAUACAUUACUAAAGUUAUCGGUUUUUGAUGCAAGCAUAUCUUACGAUAUUUACAUCACAAGGAAAUAAAUCUGUCGCAAAAACUAAUUUGCAGUGCCCGGAAAGUGAACCUGAUUACUGCAUUAUUUUGCUAAAUACAUAUACUUGUACAUUGUUGUACACUGCCAUAUUUUUGAUAAUUAAACUAUGUGAUUUUUUCA